AGGCUGCGUUUGUUAGCCAGUUUCUUCCUUGUUUUGCUUUGCUUUCUCCGGAGACAAGAAAGGGGUGGGAGGGGGGCUUUCCCCAGCCAUUUACUUCAACCUGCUCAUGUUCUGAUUUUGCAGCAACUGCUAUACGCAACACAUUUCUAUUCCCCCCCCCUCCAAAGUUGUUGGGAAACCCAGAUGAUGGGUCUUUAUUAUUAUUAUGGCUAUUUGCAAGCCUUGCAGUUACUAUCUUGGACUUUCCCCUUGAUGACAUUCGCUUCCUUCACGGAUGAAACCUUAGAGAGAGCCGCCAAAUCCGAAGGAUAUUGCAGCCGGAUUCUGCGAGCCCAAGGCACUAGGCGAGAAGGAUAUAAUGAAUUUAGCCUCCGCGUGGAAGGCGAUCCGGAAUUCUACAAGCCGGGAAACAGUUACAGGGUAACUCUUUCUGCUGCCACUCCAGCCUACUUUCGUGGAUUCACCCUGAUUGCUUUAAAAGAGGGCAAAGAGGGAGACAAAGAAGAAGACCAUGCAGGAACCUUUCAGAUUAUUGAUGAAGAAGAAACACAGUUCAUGAGUAAUUGCCCUGUGGCUGUUACUGAAAGCACGCCAAGGAGAAGGACACGUAUUCAAGUUUUUUGGACAGCACCUCCUUUGGGCACAGGCUGUGUAAUUUUGAAGGCGAGCAUUGUGCAAAAGAGAAUUAUUUAUUUUCAAGAUGAAGGAUCUCUCACCAAGAGGCUAUGUGAACAAGACUCUACCUUGGAAGGUGUGACUGAUAGACCAAUCUUAGAUUGCUGUGCUUGUGGAACUGCUAAAUACAGGCUUACCUUUUAUGGAAACUGGUCAGAGAAGACACACCCCAAAGAUUAUCCACGACGAGCCAACCAUUGGUCUGCAAUCAUUGGUGGAUCACAUUCAAAGAACUACGUACUCUGGGAAUAUGGAGGUUAUGCAAGUGAAGGAGUCAAGCAGGUAGCUGAGCUGGGAUCUCCUGUAAAAAUGGAAGAAGAAAUUCGACAACAGAGUGAUGAGGUUUUGACUGUCAUCAAAGCAAAAGCACAAUGGCCUGCCUGGCAACCACUAAACGUGAGAGCUGCGCCCUCUGCUGAAUUUUCUGUGGACAGAAUGCGCCAUCUGAUGUCUUUCCUUACCAUGCUAGGGCCCAGUCCAGACUGGAAUGUAGGAUUGUCAGCUGAGGACUUGUGUACCAAAGAAUGUGGGUGGGUCCAAAAGGUCAUUCAAGAUCUGAUACCAUGGGAUGCCGGCACUGACAGUGGGGUUACCUAUGAGUCGCCCAACAAACCAACAGUGCCUCAAGAGAAGAUAAGACCUCUCACAAGCCUUGAUCAUCCCCAGAGUCCCUUUUAUGAUCCAGAAGGAGGUUCCAUUAAGUCAGUAGCCAGAGUUGUCAUAGAAAGGAUUGCACGGAAGGGAGAACAGUGCAAUAUUGUUCCUGAUAAUGUUGAUGACAUUGUCGCAGAUCUUGCAGCAGAAGCUCCGGAAGAUGAAGAUGACACUCCAGAAACCUGCAUCUAUUCAAACUGGUCCCCAUGGUCAGCCUGUAGUUCUUCCACCUGUGAAAAAGGCAAACGAAUGAGGCAGAGAAUGCUGAAAGCUCAGUUGGACCUCAGCGUGCCUUGUCCAGAAACUCAGGACUUUCAGCCAUGUAUGGGUCCAGGCUGCAGUGAUGAAGAUGGUUCUACAUGCAUGAUGUCUGAGUGGAUAACAUGGUCCCCUUGCAGUGUGUCCUGCGGCAUGGGAAUGCGAUCAAGAGAAAGAUAUGUGAAGCAGUUCCCUGAAGAUGGUUCUAUGUGCAAAGUGCCUACUGAAGAAACAGAGAAAUGUAUUGUAAAUGAGGAAUGCUCUCCUAGCAGUUGCUUGGUGACAGAAUGGGGGGAGUGGGAUGAGUGCAGUGCCAGCUGUGGCAUGGGAAUGAAGAAACGGCAUCGAAUGAUCAAGAUGACUCCUGCUGAUGGAUCCAUGUGCAAGGCAGAAAUCACAGAAGCAGAGAAAUGCAUGAUGCCCGAGUGCCAUACUAUACCUUGUAUGCUGUCCCCUUGGUCUGAGUGGAGUGACUGUAGUGUAACGUGUGGGAAGGGAAUGAGAACACGACAGAGGAUGCUGAAAUCUGCUGCUGAGCUUGGAGACUGCAAUGAGGAACUGGAACAAGUGGAGAAAUGCAUGCUACCAGAGUGCCCUAUUGACUGUGAACUAACUGAGUGGUCCCAAUGGUCAGAAUGCAAUAAGUCUUGUGGAAAAGGCCAUAUGAUCAGGACAAGAAUGAUUGAAAUGGAGCCCCAGUUUGGAGGAGCGCCAUGCCUAGAAACAGUACAGCGCAAAAAAUGCCGAAUAAGGAAAUGCUUGAGAAAUCCCAAUAUUGAGAAAAGGCGCUGGAAAGAGCCUCGGGAGAAAAGGAGAAGUGAGCAAGCAAAAGAAGAUGUUGAUGGUGAGCAAUUUCCAGGCUGUAAGAUGAAACCAUGGACUGCUUGGUCAGAAUGUACCAAACUAUGUGGGGGUGGAAUCCAGGAGCGGUUCAUGACAGUAAAGAAGAGAUUCAAAAGCACUCAGAUCACCAGUUGCAAAGAUAAGAAGGAAUUAAGAGCCUGUAAUGUUCACCCUUGUUAGCAAAACCGGAGGCUUUUUAAAUAACGCACUCUGAGAUAAAUGUAAAAUCAACUUUGAUUUGAUUUUUUAAGAAAAGAUAUAAAUUGUGUAUAUUAGUUAUCAUUUUUGCAGUGUGGUUUGCUUAUUAGUCUUGCUGGUGCAAGAAAUAUAUUUUAUAAAUAUUUCCUCACAACAGAAUGCUGAGAGUUGCUCCAGCUAGCCCUUAAUGCAUAAAACUAGUGACAUCAUUGUGAAAUCCUGUAACUUGGAAAUUAUAGACAUCUCUGUGGAUAUACCAUGGUCAUAGAAAUAUUCCCUGUAAAUACAUGGGAUGCAUGCAUACAUGACAUUGCAAACUUAACUAUCUAUUUGGAUCCAGUUUCAGAAUAUCCAAAGCAGUGCCUCUGUGAUUAUAAAACUGUGCCAAGGAAUUAUUUCAAUAAUGCUGGUUCAAUAAUACUACAGGUGCAUAUUUAUCUUUACCAUCAUGAUGUAAAAACUGUAUUUAUAGCAAUUCUCUGACAGCUUAUUCUUCCUUAUUGAAAAUGCUAGGGCCCCCA